UGUACAUCAGCAUUCUGUCUGCAGCUUGUUGCAGCUUGCCUGACAGAUUUCACGACCUACAAAUGAAAUCUUGCAAUUUUCAGCACAUUUUGUCCUGGCAGGCAAAAGGUGAUCCAACUGUGCCAACAUACUAUCGUGUGCUGUACACUGACCGCAGGAACUGGCAGACUGCAAAACAAUGUUCAUAUAUUACACAACUCUCCUGUAAUCUGACAGAUGAUUUUAAAGAGAACUCUACUGAGUAUUCCAUAUUGGUUCAGAGCUUCAUAGGAACUGAAGUAUUCAAUUCUUCUGUACUUCAUUUUGUGCCAUUUACUGACACAUUCCUGGGACCACCAGAAGUUAAUAUCAGUUCCUGUCUAAACUGCAUAAAUGUUACCAUAAAGCUGCCAACCUCUUACUUCAGAAAAAAUGAAAAGCUGCUAACUUUAACUGAUAUAUAUAAAGAGCUUGAGUAUGUUAUAACACUGAAAACACAUGAUAGAGAGCAUAAGAGGCCACAUGAGAUCACCACUGAAGAAAUUUUUACUACUGUCAUUGAAGAAUUGUAUCCAAAUAGAAAUUACUGUGUGUCUGUUAUGGUUACUGCAUCUCUAAACAAACAUUCCAUCCCAUCAGCCUGGAAAUGUAUAGCUGCAGACUCAGUGGCUCAACAAGAUUAUCAUAUGGUCACAGUCACAGGUGCUGUAUGUCUUUCACUGAUGUUAGCUGGUGCCCUGAAGUGUAUGCAGGCAGGAGGUUAUAUUCUUCAAAAAAAAACACUUCCACAUACCUUGGUAUUCAUCAGGACGUUAACCUAUUCACCUUGGACAUCUGAAUCUGAAGAAAUAGCCUCUGUAGAGGUCAUUUACAAAGAGAUUAAAAAAAAGGCAAAUGAAUCCAUUGGUAGUGUCAGUGAUGAAGAUGACAGCGAUGACAGUGACAGCGAUGCCAUAAGUAAUCAUGACUAUACAAGGCGUGAUAUCAUAAGUAGAGUACCUCGCUCCUCUGACACACCUAACGUAUUCAUGCAGUACUCUAUAAAUAGUACAUGUGACAACAGCAGAAGUCAGACAAGUGAAAAUCCAGAUGCUGAAGAUUUUGAAGAGCAUGAGAUGGAUGUUGAAGAAGACAAAGGCACGAGUAGUGAGUUACUUAAUCCUUUCUCUGAGGUAAAUUGUAACUAUUCUUCCAGGCAAAGAAACAGUGCUUGCUUUACCAUCAACUUAAAAACUGUGCUGUUGGCAACCUCUGAAGAGAAUAUGGAUAGUUCUGCAGCUCUUCUUUCUUCCCAAGAAGAUGCAGUUGACUGGCAAUGUACUCGUGCUUUUGAAUCAAAACUCGUGGACAACACAGAAAGUGUGCAGAAAUCACACUGUUGUAACGGCUCUCAUGAAUGGCAAAAUUCAUCUCAUUCUUCUGAUGAAAGUGACUCAUCAGAUUCAGAUAUGGACCUAAAAACUGAAUACAUAAGAAGAUGA